AUGAACAAACAUUUUGCAAGGUUUUCUCAAUGGACGGGAGAGCGUUUUGGAUUCGAUCGACAGAAAACGACUCUGUCAGAUGAUUUCUGUGACUUACAGCGAGAAAUGGAGCUUCGGUUUAAUGGAACUGAAAAAGUGCAUCGAAAUUUUAGUCAAUGGGUACAAUCUAUGGGACGCAGAAAGUCACCCUUGGAAGAACAGGAAAAAGCACCGCCAAUUACCGCUUUAGGUGAUUCUUUUCUUAAUUUAGGAUAUAUUUUAUCUGAUUAUUCCGUUCAUUCCGACACUUACAAUAUGUAUGGAAAGACGCUGAUUCAGAUUGGAGCGCUGCAGGAAAACUUUAUUCACUUCGUCACUGAAUCGUACAUGAAAGAGUUGGAUGGAUGGCUUUCACAAAAAAAGGUUUUGGAGGUAAAAGAGAAAAAGCUUGAGAACAGGAGAUUGGUGUUUGACGCACUCUCGACGAAAAUCCAGAAAGCUAAAAAAGAGGAUUCUAAAAUUGAAGAGGAAUUACGAAUGGCGAGAGGGAAAUAUGAAAAUACUUUAGAAGAUUUUGAGGAAAGAAUGAUUGAAUUAAGAGAACUGGAGUCUAGUCAAGUUAGUAAGCUCGUAUUGUUACUACAUAAACAGACUCAAUUUCAUGAGCAAUGUUUGAAUAUUUUACGAUCAUUGGAAUCUCAACCCUUUGGAGAGAGUCAGCAACCUACGAAUCAUUCGAAACGAUCAUAUUCUACAAAGUCAUUUGCUUCUUCUCCUUCUGUCAUUUACAAAGAUCCUAAUCAGGCUAUGCAUCCCCGACUUUCUUCUCCUUCUCUUGGGUUAGAACCAACUUCAUGGACGGCUCCAACUUCUUUUGAUGCGGGAGAAGAAGCUUUACUACCAGCUAACUAUUUGAAGAAUUUAGAAGAGUUGCAGUUAGGUGAUGCGUCUUCUCAACCAUCCGUAAGAAAGUCUUCGUCACCGGAAAUACCUAUUGCAUCGAAGCCAGUAUUCACAGGACGCACAUCUUUAAAUUCUGUCGUCCCUCGUGACGGUCUCGAACGAUCUUCCUGCGAUUUUGAAGAGGAUCGUAUACCCAAAGACAAAAUGGAAUCUGGACAUAGUUCCUCGCUAUCAGAAAUGCCCACACCAACUAAUUCACUACUUGAGAAAGAAAGAGCAUCUGCAAGUCAAAACAGCAAAAGUUUAUCGACUCAUGUAGGCUUAGAAGUUGUAAGGAUGAAAUAUCAAUUCGAACCACAGAUGGAAGAUGAAUUAGCGUUGAAAAAAGAUGACCUUUUACUUGUCUUGAAGAAGGUCGACGAUGGAUGGUGGGUAGGGGAGCAACUGAACGAUGAUGGAAGUUUAACAGGAAAUACUGGUUUGUUUCCAUCAAACUUUUGCUUUCCUGAAAAUAAUUAUAUUCAUUUAGAUAAGAUUCCCAGAACACUGAGUGAUCGUGGAAGUCCUUAUUCUUCUUAA